UCGUUCGAUAUGACGUAGCACUGGAGGCGUUGGCCGGCGUAGUGUCACUGUGUCUGAGCUCGACAGACGAGAGGAGGACGCUUCAAAGAUAAGAAGACCUGUCAAAGCAAAACACUGAAACUAACACCUCAGCCCGUGUUUAUUUUCUGAUACCAGCACUGUGCUUUUUGUGUGAACCCCGUCGAAAUGAUCAAAAACGGACACCAUGCCGCCGACGACCAGCGGGAAGGAGCCGGCUGCAGUUUGCCGGCUGGCUCGGUAUGCAGCCCGGAGAAAAGGAAGCGUGUAGUCCGGUUGUGGUGUGACGGCUGUUAUGACAUGGUGCAUUAUGGUCACUCCAACCAGCUACGCCAGGCCAAAGCCAUGGGAGACUACCUCACGGUCGGAGUGCAUACAGAUGCGGAGAUUUCCAAGCACAAGGGUCCUCCAGUGUUCACUCAGGAAGAACGCUACAAAAUGGUGCGGGCAAUCAAGUGGGUGGAUGAGGUAGUUGAAGGAGCACCUUAUGUCACAACCCUAGAGACUCUGGACAAAUACAACUGUGACUUCUGUGUGCAUGGAGAUGACAUCACACUGACUGUAGACGGCAAGGACACAUAUGAAGAGGUGAAGCGCGAAGGCCGAUACCGUGAAUGUAAACGUACACAAGGUGUGUCCACCACUGACCUGGUGGGGCGUAUGCUUCUCAUGACCAAAGCCCAUCACAGCAACUUGGAUAACCCAGAUUACCAGAAGCAUACAGACAAUUUUGGAAAGGGUCCUAAAGGCAACAGUCCAUGGACAGGAGUGUCUCAGUUCCUCCAAACGUCUCAGAAAAUCAUCCAGUUUGCCUCAGGAAAUGAGCCACAGCCUGGAGACACCAUCAUCUAUGUGGCUGGAGCUUUUGACCUCUUCCAUAUUGGUCAUGUUGACUUCCUAGAGAUGGUGUACAAACAGGCAGAGAAGCCCUACGUCAUUGUAGGUUUGCAUUUUGACCAGGAAGUGAACCGCUACAAGGGGAAGAACUAUCCGAUCAUGAACAUUCAUGAGAGAACCCUGAGUGUCCUGGCCUGCAGGUAUGUGUCAGAGGUGGUGAUUGGUGCACCCUAUACAGUGGACAAAGAUCUGCUGGAUCACUUUAAGGUGGAUCUGGUUUGUCAUGGCAAGACGGAGGUGUUUCCAGACAAGGAUGGUUCAAACCCUUACGCUGAGCCUAAGAGGAGGGGCAUAUUCAGGACCAUCGACAGUGGGAACAACCUCACCACUGAUGAUAUCGUCCAGAGAAUCAUUGAAAACAGGCUGCAGUUUGAAGCCAGGAACCAGAAGAAGGAGGCCAAAGAGAUGGCGGUGAUCGAGGCCAUGAAGAAGAGAGAGCAGCAGGAGCAGGGUGAAGCUCAGGUCCAGGCUUCUCACUAGCAAAACCACAAACCUUGGUUUUAACGGAUUCUUUGCCUCAUUUAAUCCUUUUCUCUUUGUUUGUUUUUAAGAAAACAGACACAAGUGACCCAGACACGUGGUCCAUGUUGUCCUAAUUUAGUCCUAGCUACAGGUGAGACGACACCUGAGAGCCUGGUGGUUUCUAGUAGUCUUGUGGGUGCACAGUCCUGCUUUUAGGUUUGUUUCUGCUGGGUCUCCAAAUGACAAAGAAGACAAAGAAAACAAAAAAAACACCUAUACUUAAAUAUUUUAAGCUGCAAAUUCCCUUUACACUUCUUCCUCCUAAGAGAGCUUUAUUUUUAUCUUGUGUAUUUAUGUAUGUUUGUAUUAACACACAUUUCAUGUAUCUGUGUUAGUGGUCUUAUAAUUGUUUCAUUAUCUCUUACUAUCAUUGACAUAAUGUUAACACAACAUUGUCUUUAACCAUGUUUUAAUUUGGCGAUCUUAAAAAUGGUUCAUUUCUAUGUUUUUAAUCCAUCCCAAAAUAAUUUGUUUUUUGUUGAAUUAUCUGUGAAGUAGUGUUCUAAAUUUUAACUGUGGAUUUUAGCUACCUGAAUUUGCACCGGAUGUGUGUGUUUGUGUGAGUGUGAGAGAGAGAGCGAGAGUAGUAAGUGUUUGCGCUGUAAAUGUCAGUAGUGCCUCAUUCCUAAAGCUAUAACUGAUGCCAGGGCUGUGAACUGUGUGAAAAUACCUGAACUACUGUUUUGUUCCUUUAACCUUGAGUAAAGUUGUGUUGAGUUGUACUUUCUUUGGUCUACAUUCAGGUGUACACAGCAGAGUGUGUGUGUGUGUGAGAAGUAAAACAUGAAUGUUUUCCUCUGUUUUUCUGUAAGACAAUCCAACGACUAACAGAUUUGGGAGCGACUGUUGAAAUGAUUGUGUUUUUCUGUCCUGCUCAUUGUUAGGGCUUUUUAAUGGUAACAAGAAAAAUAUGUUUCUACAUUUUAUUCAGUGGAUAUUUUACUGCACUGUGUGGACUUCCCCUUUAUGAAAUAAAAUGUUAACUUGACAAAGUGUCA